GUCCGUCUGUCCUUCCUGUGCCGUCUCUAUCAGCGCCUGCUGGCCGGCUGCGUCCUCCUCGAUCAGCCCCAGAGCAUCCUGGGAGAUUUCACCUGGAAGGAGCUGUGUGACAUCAUCGACGAGCAGGUGGACCGGCUGACCUUUGACCUCCGGGAGGCCAACAACAAGAUCGCCCACCUGCAGAGUGUGUGUGAGAAGAAGAGUGUGUGUGUGCGCCAGCUGCAGCGCAGUCAGGAGUGUGUGUUGUCUCGUCUGGAGGAGAGCAUGAGGAGGAGGGAGGAGGCGUGGAGCAGCCAGCACACACACACCGUGACACAGCUGCAGAACGAGCUGCAGCUGUGUCGCUCUCAGUUCGACUCUCUCCGCGGUCACGCCUCCUCUCUGGAGCUCCGCGCCUCCUCUCUGACCUCUGACCUCUCCCGGCUCCGCGGCCUCCUCUCCCGCCGCCGCAGGGAGUCGUCCUGCUUCCUGUCGGCGAGCGUCCUGCUGGCCGGGACGCUGAGACACACACACCGCCGCCUGCAGACGCUCUGCGCGCAGAAAACGCUCCUCUGCAGACGUCUGGCAGAGAGGGAGGUGCUGGAGGAGGAGGUGAGGAGGCUGGCGGCGGCUCUGGGAGGAGUGUGUGUGUGGUGCUGGCGGUGA